UGCGUUAACUUGGAAUGGUUUCAGCUCGCACGCACCCCGGCUUAACCUCGGCACCCCGAUCAUCAGCAGAACCGCUCCCCGGGAUCGAUGCGACCCUAACCCCGCACUUGAAAGGUCGACCUGUCGCUAAAAAAGCAGCACGAGAUGAUCAGCAGCAGCAGCGUCUAUGGCUUAAAGAUGCAGUGGACCCCCGAGCACAGCCAGUGGGCCGAACAGCAUUUCGACAUCUCCUCCACCACGCGCUCGCCGGCCCACAAGGCUGAGGCCUACAGGGCGGUGCCCGGCCACCUGCAGCGCUCCGCCUCCUACCAGUACGCCUGGGCCAACGACGACAUUUCCGCCCUCACCGCCUCCAACCUGCUCAAGAAGUAUGCCGAGAAGUAUUCCGGUAUCCUGGAGAUGCCGGGCUCCUAUUCCGAGAUCCCGGGGGUGAUGAACGGACGGAAAGGUGAAUCCGAGCCCUGGCAGGAUGGUGUCUACCCCAUGAGCUGCAUCCCAGAGGGGGUCUCCAUCAGAAAGGGGGGGGUGGCGGCGGCCUCAGAGGUGGUGUCCGGCAUGUGCAGCUCCCCGGGCCUGGCCUCCAGCACCCUGAGCGAGCCCAGCUACUCCAGCAGCAGCUGUGGGAGCCACUCUGCCACGGCGCUCCACUCAUCCUCCAUGGCCUCUCAGGAAUACGGCCCCCCAUACAGCAGCUCCUACCUACACAGUAGUUACAGCUCCCAGUCGGCCCCCACCCCAACACUCCCCUCUCCGCUGCACAGCUCUGGGCUCCUGCAGCCACCCCCUCCGCCCUCCCACCCCACUUUAGUCCCAGCGUACAACGGAGGGUCCCCCAACUUGUCUAGUUAUAAUUACCCCCCAGCAGGCUACCCGGCCCAGAGCUCCGUUGGGCCGGGAUACAGCCCUGGAGGAGCCCCCCCUCCCUCAUCGUACCUCCCCCCAGGCAUCGCUGCCCCUACACCCCUUCCCCCCUCUUCCACUUUACCUGGAUACCCAUACCAGAGCCACAACCUGACCCCAAUUGCCCCCACCCCUCUUAACAGUAGCUCCUCCAACUCACUGAAGAGAAAAGCCUUCUACAUGGCAGGCCAAGGAGAGAUGGACUCUUACGGUAACUUUGGCUAUGGCCAGGCUCGGAGCUCCGCUGAGAGCCCCAUGUACCGGAUAGCUGACAGCAGCAGCGCCAACGGAGGCUCCAACAGUGGAUUCGACAGGGGUCCUGAAAAGCCUUUUAAUCCCCAGAAGCAGUCCACAAUGUCCUCUGAGCAGAGGAAGUACAGCAGCCAGGCAGCAGGUGGGCCACUGACUCCACCGGCCUACGUAACCUCCACCCUAGGGGGUUCCCGCUCAACGGAUUCCCUCGGCAGCUUCACCUCCCCCUCCCUCAGUGAGCAAGGUGCCGAGGAUCACCGCCUCCACCUCUCCCACUCAGCACCAGGGACUACCUCCUCCUCAUCAUCUUCAUCCUCCCGGCCUGCUGAAGAGCAGCUAAAAACCAGUGACCCUCACCUCCUGGACAUGGUGACCUCUGAGAUCGUUCAGCAGGGGCCCCCGGUGGAUUGGAGCGACAUUGCAGGACUAGAACUAGCCAAGGCAACCCUGAAGGAAGAGGUCCUCUGGCCCAUUCUGCGCCCGGACAUGUUCAGCAGUUUAGGCCCCGCCCCCCAUUGCGUGUUGCUGUUUGGCCCCAGGGGCAGUGGCAGGACGUUGCUGGGUCGCUGCCUGGCCAGCCAGCUCGGGGCCCCGUUCCUCCAGCUCAACGGCUCCACGCUGGCCACCAAGUGGCUGGCAGAGGGAGAGAAAAUCAUCCGGGCGUCCUUCCUGGUGGCGCGCUGCCGGCAGCCCUCCGUUCUGUUCAUCAGUGAAGUGGACAUGCUGCUGUCAGCACACCUCAGCGAGGAGAGUCCCAUCAACCGGCUGAAGGGGGAGCUCCUCGCCCAGCUGGACUCCCUGCUCAUGGGCUCAGGCGAGGACGGAGGCAACCAAGUCUUGGUGGUCUGCUCCACAAGCCGACCCCAGGACAUGGAUGAAGGGUUGCGCAGGUACUUUGGCCGCAGGGUCCUCGUGCCCCUGCCGGACGGCGCAGCCCGCCACCACAUCGUGGGCCAGCUCCUGGCUCAAUCUCAGCACAAAUACUGCCUGAGCGUGGAGGAGCUGGCGCUGCUGGUCCAGCGCACCGAGGGCUUCUCCGGACUGGACGUGGCCCGGCUAUUCCAGGAGGCCCUCGUGGGACUGUUACACGUCUCCGCACAAGGCAUGGACAUGUCGGGUAUGAUGCCCCGGGGACAGGUCCGGCCCCUCACCUACCAGGACUUUGAGAGUGUCUUUUGUAAAUUCCAAGCCAGUAUAUCACAGAAAGAGAUUGACACGUACACUGAGUGGAACAAAAUGUUCGGCUGCAGCCAGUGAAAAGAAAGAUUCCGCCCUUGAGAAAAAGAGGCAAACACAAUUCCUCCCCUCAGGGCAGAAGCAUUGUGCUGGAGGGAAAGGCACACAGAAGGCCAACACAAGCUCACUGAGUUCUCACAAGCAGGGUUUAGACGACCCAGAGACCUGGUUUGAUGAGACAACUGGCAGUUUUACAGUUAAUGAGCAAGAGUUUUAAUUUAAUUGCUUGACACUCCAGAAAGCCAGGCAUUGUUUACACAUUGCAAGCAAGUUGGCUUGAGAAGAGACGCCCCAGUGUCUGUGUAAAUAUAUCGUUACGUUCCUGUUCUUGACAUUUAGUUGGCUAUCCAAGUGCCUGAAGUGGUGCUUUCUGAUUUUCUUUCUUUGUUUAUUUGCCUCACAAUCUACAUUCAUGGCAUGAGCUGACGAUUAUUAAGAGCUUUAAAACUCCAGAGGUGAGUCUGAAAAACAGAUUGACAGUUGCCAUUGGUGGUGGUCAAUCAUUCUUUAUUGUCUUGCUAAGAGCAGUAAUCCAUCAGGGCGGCAGUAGUCUGGGCCCUGACGCGCACUUAUCUCUCCUGUGUCUGCUAAACAAACAAGCGUAACAAACAAAACUCAGGAAAGCGUUUGUGAAUUGUACAGUACCUCAAGGUUUCUUGACGAAAAGCACUAAGACCUGAGAGGAGAAUCCGAGGGGGUUUAUGUUUAGCGAAGCAGUGUUAGGUUUACCUCGACUGGCUAUUAUAAAUAGCAAAGAGGUGACGAUGAAUGUACUGAAUAUUUUCUGGAACAUUAAUCAAUAGUGAGUAAAGACAUGUCCUUUUUCUUUUCUCACAGCAGGUGCUUUAGUAACCUGUUUCUACUUGACCAAUCCUGAAGCUUAUUUUCAUCGCUUAAAAAAAAACUAAAAUCUGUCUGGUUUUGGGGUUUUAGGAGAAAUCAGGUGUCGGGUCAAUGUCGUUGUAUAUUUAUUCAAAACAACCAUAAUCAACAUUGUUUAUAUUAUGCGAUGCUAGGCGUUAGCAGGCUUUGCUGGAGGCUCCAUCAGUUUAGCUAACUUCUGUCUUGUCAGCGAGGGGAGACGUAUUAUUUGACAUGGAGGAACCUGAUGCUAAAACAUCUCCAAAAAAUAUAAAGAUCAACAUUUUAGGGAAUACACAUAUUUGCUUUCUUCUGAAAUGUUUGUCAUUUUAACUACAUUACUCCAGGAAGUCAGGAAGAUACUGUAGUUAAAAGCUCAUCUGUUGCCUUCAAGGGGAAAAGUAGAGGUGAAAUUGCUGAAGGUGAAAUCUAAUUUCAUAAUAGCAACUCUGAUUGAUUGACAUCUCUGUAAUGUUAUUGUCCAACAAAACACGUGGACACUAUUUGAAUCAUUCAGAACAUUUAAAUCAAAUAUCCAAACUGACCAUCGAAGACUAAUUGAAACAUAAUUUCUUGGCACCUAAAUGCAUUUGGAUACACACUUCAGUUGAGUGGAAAGCUUUGUAACAUGAGUGAGGAAUUGUGGUCUUAAAGUCCUUCAUCCCUGAAGGUUAUCUGUCGCCCAUUGUGUUGGAAUGUAUUUUUUUCCCUUCCUUGUGUAAGAAGCUGUCCUUUAGCUCCACUGCUGCCACACAGGAGUCCUUAAGCUAGUGUAAUGUACGUGCACUAAAGCAUUCUGUGUAAUAUUGUUUGGUUGAAAUGUAUUUGCUUUGUCUGUCCGGUAUUUAUCCUGAAGGAGAUUUCAUUCAUCAUCAGUUUUUUAUUGUAAAUCCGUCUCUCUUUUUUUGUUUGAAUAUAAGUACUUACUGUAUGUCUAGGCCUGCUCUGUGUUGCUAUCUCUGCGUCAGUGCAGCACCUGAUGUGGGGGGGGGGGGGAGAGUUCUGCUGAGCAUCAGCAAAAUUGACGGGAAGGAAAGACAGCCAGGCAGCGUGGCGGCAGCACAAGGGGAAAGCAGAGUGGUCCGUCAGAAAAGCACCCUCAAAACAAUCUGUACCAGAAUUCCUUCUGUCAGCAAAUCCUCUGGAGAGAGAGUCCCUUUAGACAGAAAAACCUACUAAUGCACUUCAGAGCACACAACAACAGCACACACUCCUCCCCCCCCGUACAAACGACUUGAAACACCGGUCAACGCUGCGCUUGUUAUACGUGUUUUGUGGCCCUUUCUUUUGUCUCGUUGUGUUUUAAAUCUAGCUUUUACCUAUCUUUUUUUCAAACCCUUUCCUUAAGAGUUCUUCUUUAAAGCUACCUCAUGGCUACAAAACAUAUAACGUCUUUCCAAAUGUCAGAAAAAGCAUUGAAAAAAAAAAGUAAAGUGGAGAGAAUAACAACAAAGUUUUGCGCAGUCUACCUCAGACGACUGUACUCAAAACAUUUAGCUGAUGGUGCACCCACAGGCUGCAGUGUGUGUUUGUGUGAGAUGGAGCUAUAUAGGUAACACACACACCUGAUUACACUCACAAGCGAUUUGUGAGGAGGGAAGAGUCGCCCUAAAGGUGACCCGGAAAUGUAUAAUCCGAUACAUUUGCUUUAAUCUUUUGUGAACUACUGUGGUUGUGUGCGUGUGAAUGUGUAUAUACGUGGGCACACUCUUCUUUUUUUUAUUUAGUGUGUUGAAUUUUAUAAAUUGUUAGUAUAUAUAACACACUUGCACAACUUUAAACCAGAGUGUAACGUGUUUCUGUUGUACAUACCUAUACAUACAAUACAAAUGCACCACUUGUUUAUAUGUGUGAAUAUGUUGCCAUACUUGCAGUCAAUGUAUUUUCAUGUAAUCUUAGGUACAAGCAGCAACAAACGAUUCAUUAAAGACAUU